AUGCAGGACUACACACCGCUUCCAAGUGAAGAAGAGAUUGAGGAGUUUUCUCGGAAGGUGCGCUGCUGCCUGCCGUUCGUUCUCAUUUCUAUAGCUCCAUUUCUUGCCGCCUACUACUGGAUGAACGAUGCGCGCGUGGACUGGGUGAUUCUCCUCUGGGGUGCUGGUGGCUGGUGGGCGGCGCUGGUCUUUCGCGUCCCCUUCAUCUUGGGAACCAAGGCACUCUUGACUGAUUCGCCAUCGCAGCAAGCGGAGUUGCAGCUGGUAACCGUUCUCCUUUCUGGCCCAGCAGAGGAGAGCAUUCGAGUAGCCAUGCUGUUUGUGUCCGGCUGGGCAGCGAGCUUCACAGCGACCUUCGCUUUAGGUUUGGGCUGGACGGCUCUGGAGCUCGCCUUCACCGUUGUUCAGUCGAUCACAGCAAUACAACUCCUUCGAGCUGCAAAGGCUGGCGACCCUAAGGCAGUGGAAGCAUUUCACCUGCUAGCGGCGCAGACUGGGCGAGAAGAUCCUCUCAGUUUGCAUCCAGCUUGGGGAAUCCUAGAGCGAUGCAGCGCGCAUGCGCUUCACAUCUCCAUGUCGUUAUUUGGAGCGAUUUCUCCGUGGAUGGUCCUAGGAACUCUUACCGUUCAUUCUGCCAUCAACUGGUCGACGGUGGCUUGCCUACGUAUGCACGGGCCUGUUGUAGCGGAAGUUGGCUUGUGCUUCGUGUCCUCAGCACUCCUGCUUGCAGCACUUAGAGUGUGGCAUCCCUUUGCUAUUUGA